CGUUAUAGGAAUAUAGUACAUUUUACUGCUUUGUAUUUCCUAAAUACAUUCUAAAUCAUUCUAAACAAAUACAGUGUAAUCAGUUGUUACCAUGGAGACUGGGAAUGUCCCCCAGGAUUGUCCCUCUUUGUCCAAGCUGUCCUCUGGAUGUCCAACCAGCCAGAGGUGUCUUCUUUUUUCUCUUUUCAACGUUAAAGGAUUGUUUUUUCUUGUUUGAGGGAUAUUUAGUUUUUAAUUUAUUUUUGUAAUGCAGCCAUUUUAGACCCUUUGUGCCAUAAACGAGACAUAAAUCCGGACCCGCGUCGCCCCCUGUAGGACGUGAUGAAGCGCUGCAUCUACUGUUCUAACUGACAUGCUUCUACAUUUAGGAACUCACUUCUCAUGCACAGUUUGUGUCAAUCGUGGUUUUCGUAUAUAUUUUAAACAAAUAUUACACAGAAAAAAACUCUGGUCACUCCAAAUAGAAGACGCGUACUAAAUGUUCCUUGUACAGAAAAUACCAGCAAUCCUUCUGGUAGUGAGAUGACUUCCUGAGAUCCUUAUCGUGUAAAAGUGUUGCAGAACCCUGAUGAUGUACUAAGCAGGAGCGACUUCUCGCUAUGAGCAAACAUAUAUAUGCAUAUGAGGUGCAAACAUCUCAAGUUGGUUCUAACGAUGUGACCAUCAGAUGAUUUUACAGGUGAAAUUACAAGUGGUUCUACUUGUUUAAUCACAUAAAUACAUCUCCAAAUGCAUAAUAAACUAAUAACUGCAGUAAAACACAUUUAUACAACAUAAGUUGCAAGUUUUUUGGUCCUAACUAUUGUUAGAAAGUGAAUUGUACAGCAUCUAGAGGGACACGAAGGUAAUUCUGGGAGAACAAGUGCAGUGGUUCCCAACCUCAUUCGGAAUCCAUCACAUGAUGCGUCAAGUAGUACUUCACCGCCCGUCAUGUUCCAAAUGUGCUUCUUUGAUCUUAUCCUGAGCUAAAUGUUAUUAAAUGUUGAUCAUAAACAUAUAGAAAUAUAUUUCUAUAAAUUAUUAUAGACUCUGUCACCUGGAUCUUAUGUUCCCUUGUUCAUGUUCCCUGGGUACCAUGUCGCUAUGUUUUCAUUGCUCUAUGUUCCUUGGGUACUAUGUUCUUUUGUCCUAUGUCCCCUCGCUACUAUGUUCACUGGGUCCUAUGUUCCCUGGGUACUAUGUUCACUGGGUCCUAUGUUCCAUGCGUACUAUGUUCACUGGGUCUUAUGUUUCCUCUGUACUAUGUUCUCUGGGUACUAUGUUCCCUGGGCAAUAUGUUGUACUAUGUUUGUCCUACGUUCCCUCUGUACUAUGUUCCCUGGGUACUAUGUUGUACUAUGUUUGUCCUACGUUCCCUGAGAGUAGCUAUGUUCCCUGGGUACUAUCUUCCCUCUGUACUAUGUUCCCUGGGUCCUAUGUUGUACUAUGUUGGUCCUACUUUCCCUUUGUACUAUGUUCCCUGGGUCCUAUGUUGUACUAUGUUGGUCCUACUUUCCCUCUGUACUAUGUUCCCUGGGUCCUAUGUUGUACUAUGUUGGUCCUACUUUCCCUCUGUACUAUGUUCACUGGGUCCUAUGUUGUACUAUGUUGGUCCUACUUUCCCUCUGUACUAUGUUCCCUGGGUCCUAUGUUGUACUAUGUUGGUCCUACUUUCCCUCUGUACUAUGUUCCCUGGGUCCUAUGUUGUACUAUGUUGGUCCUACUUUCCCUCUGUACUAUGUUCACUGGGUCCUAUGUUAUACUAUGUUGGUCCUACGUUCCCUCUAUACUAUGUUCACUGGGUACUAUGUUCCCUCUGUACUAUGUUCACUGGGUCCUAUGUUGUACUAUGUUGGUCCUACGUUCCCUCUGUACUAUGUUCACUGGGUACUAUGUUCCCUCUGUACUAUGUUCCCUGGGUACUAUGUUCCCUCUGUACUAUGUUCCGAUGGUCCUAUGUUUUCAUUGUUCUAUUUUCAUGGGUACUAUGUUCCCAAUGUCGUGUGUUCCUUGGGAUAUGUUUCAAGGGUCCUAUGUUACUUGGGCCCUAUGGUCCCAUAAUCCCAUGUUCCCAAUGUCCAAUGUUCCCACUGUGUUCCCAGAAUCCUACGUUCCUAGUUCCUUGUGUUCACAAAGUCCUAUGCUCCCAUAGGUCGAUGUUUCUGUGCAUGUUCACAAUCUCCUGUGUUUCCAAAAGGUUUCCUGGACGUUCUCAUUGUCCUGCAGCUGCCUAAACUGGAACCGUGACAUUUCAAACGGUCUGGUUUCCUUUCCGGCGCGUACCUGACGUUCAGGUUCGCUCUCCAGUCUUUCCGUACCCCUGAACGCCUGGUUGGGAACCACUGCACUCUUCUGUAAUCUGAAUGCAGCAUUCUGAGCCAAUCUGGACUCAAACUGUAAAUUCCUCCCUGUGCGCGGUGUGUGCGCGGCCGUCGUGUCGUGCGUUGUGCGUCUGUGAGGACCGUGCACACUCUGUACUCCACGCCACGCAUUUCUCUCUUUGGAUUAUCGUUAUGCUGAAGGAGCACCGUGUAUUAUAUUAAUACUAAUGUGUGACUACUUGUGUGGUAAUAUUUAUAACAGAGGAUCUGUUGUUAAAAUUAAAUCAAAGUACUGCGUUUGUGCUUUUAUUACAGACACAAAUUAGUAGCGUAAUCAGUGUUUAUCUGCAGAGCAUUUACAUGAGAGGAUAAACCCACAGAUGAAUGCUUAACCAUGUUAGAAUAUUCAUGUUUACAUAUGUAACGGUACAUCUCAAAUAAAACAUUUGAUUUGAAACUUUA